AUGCCCGAUGAGUUUGAAGACGACUCAGAGGAGGCCAUAAACGGAAAGAUCAGCGAGCUAUCACCCAGAGUUCAGGCAAUUCGACAGAAAAUCAUUAUGCGUACCCGCAGGAUUAACCUUAAGAAGAAAGAUCUGAAGGCUAUCUCCAAUCAAAUCAAAAAUGAGAUUGUCGCCGAGUUUGGGACCGAAGUUGAUGCUGCGGAGGAGGAACUAAUCAUCAGCUGCCUUACUGGAUUAUCUGAGGCUGCAGAGGCACACAUGCAGCAAGGGCUGAAAUCUUAA